AUGCGAUCGCCGGUGGCAUCUCCAGCGGCGCAGCCUCCAGACGUUGCGGUGCCGGUAUCGUCGCUGGAUACGUCCAAGCUCGAAGAAAAGUUUGCUGCUGUGAACAGAGACUUUGCCCGGGUCGCGAUCAAGGGCAAAGAUGACGCGAUGAAGCUCCAGGCCAAAGUCAGCGACUGGCCUCCAGUUCUGCAAGUCGUUGAGGACGAGUAA